CUUUGCCAUGAAGCCAUUGAUUUCAUUGGGCAUUACAUCUGGUGAGCCCAGUGGUAUUGGCCCAGAAGUUAGUUUGCAAGCGGCGAGCCUAGUGAUGACAUCGUUGAGCACUUUGGAUUUGCCUUUUCGUUUGGCAUUACACAUUUAUGGCGAUGAAGCUGUUUUAGCGCAAGCGGCAAAGGUUGUUCAGCUUGUGCCACAAUUUACGCAUUGGCUCAGAGCAUCUGAAACACCGAUCAAGAUUGUCCCCAUCGCUUGCCAGCAUGUUGUCCAAGCAGGGCAGCUCAAUGUUCAAAACAGUGCCUAUGUAUUGCGCCUAUUAGAUGAAGUUCUCACCCUCAAUCUUAAAAAGCAGUUAGAUGGUAUGGUGACUGCGCCGAUUCAAAAAAGUGUGAUUCUUGAAGCGGGUUUAGGGACGAUCAACGGUGUUAAAUUCAGUGGACAUACAGAAUAUCUUGCAGCCCACUGCAAUCACUCCGAUGUGGUGAUGAUGUUGAUGGGGCCAACGCUAUUAACACAGACAGAAGUGUCAGAAUGGUUAAAAGUUGCUCUGGUGACAACCCAUAUUCCUUUACAUCAGGUGAGUAGUGGACUUAAUCAAGCGACUAUUGUCAACAAAAUCAAACUGAUUCAUGAUGAUGUAAAAAAAUGGUUGGGCAGACCCCCUCAUAUUGCGGUUUGUGGUUUGAACCCUCAUGCUGGAGAAAAUGGUCAUUUAGGACUUGAAGAAAAAACCAUUAUCGAGCCAGCGAUUACUCAAGCUGUAUCAGAAGGGUUCCAUGUUUCUGGAGCUUAUGCAGCUGAUACUUUGUUUAUUCCGCGCAAUUUGAAGGGUAUCGAUGUGGUGUUAGCCAUGUAUCAUGAUCAAGGCUUGGCACCUUUAAAACUUGCGACGCAGGGUAAUGGCGUGAAUAUCAGUUUAGGUUUGCCUGUCACACGAACAUCUCCCGAUCAUGGUACAGCGUUAGGCAUUGCAGGCAAGGGGCUGGCAGAUCCGACUAGAGGGGUGAUGCGUCAUCAAACUUCCCCCAAAAAGCCAAAGCGCACACUUUCAGGUCAUGCUCCCAAUAAACAAUUAGGACAAAAUUUCUUAGUUGACCAAAGUAUUCUCCAUGAAAUUGUAGCCUGUAUUUCACCCCAACCUGAUGAUCUUAUGCUCGAAAUUGGUCCUGGAUUGGGGGCGUUAACAGAAUGUCUAUUGCCUAAGCUUAAUCAUUUAUGGGUAGUGGAGCUAGAUGUAGGUUUGGCAAAACGACUUGAACGUCAUGAGAAUCUUACUGUUUUUCAAGGAGAUAUUUUGCAGUUUGAUUUUGCAAAGGUGCUAAGGCAAGAGCAGCCCGAGCCUUUGUUAAGAGUGGUUGGCAAUUUACCCUAUCAAAUUUCUUCACCGCUUCUGUUUUAUCUGAUGAAUUGGGCUGAUCGUAUCAAAGAUCAACACUUUUUGCUGCAAAAAGAGGUUGUCGAUCGG